AUGUCUAUUCAAACAACCGAUGCUUCAGAGACUUCUGAUUCCUUAAAGUCAUUGUCAUUAAUUGCUUCCCAUUCCCAUAUUACGGGGCUGGGUCUCGAUGAUAACCUCCAACCACGUGAAACCUCCGAAGGUAUGGUGGGUCAAAUUAAAGCCCGUAGAGCAGCAGGUAUUAUAUUAAAGAUGGUUCAAAAUGGUACCAUUGCUGGUAGAGCUGUCUUAGUAGCAGGUCCUCCUUCUACUGGUAAGACUGCUCUAGCAAUGGGGCUUUCUCAAUCACUUGGUAAAGAUGUUCCAUUUACUGCCAUUGCAGGUUCCGAAAUAUUUUCACUUGAAUUAAGUAAGACAGAAGCGUUAACCCAAGCCUUUAGAAAAUCUAUUGGUAUUAAGAUUAAAGAAGAGACCGAAUUAAUUGAAGGUGAAGUUGUUGAAAUCCAAAUUGAUAGAUCCAUUACAGGUGGUCACAAACAAGGUAAACUAACCAUUAAGACCACUGAUAUGGAAACCAUUUAUGAAUUAGGUAACAAGAUGAUUGAUGGCCUAACGAAGGAAAAAGUCCUUGCAGGUGAUGUUAUUUCCAUUGAUAAAGCUAGUGGUAAGAUUACAAAACUUGGUAGAUCAUUUGCUAGAUCUAGAGAUUAUGAUGCCAUGGGUGCUGACACUAGAUUUGUUCAAUGCCCUGAAGGUGAAUUACAAAAAAGGAAAACUGUUGUUCAUACUGUAUCAUUGCAUGAAAUUGAUGUUAUUAACUCUAGAACUCAAGGUUUCUUAGCUUUAUUCACUGGUGAUACUGGUGAGAUUAGACCAGAAGUUAGAGAACAAAUAAAUACUAAAGUAGCUGAAUGGAAAGAAGAAGGUAAAGCAGAAAUUGUUCCAGGUGUUUUAUUCAUUGAUGAAGUGCACAUGUUAGAUAUUGAAUGUUUUUCUUUUAUCAAUAGAGCUUUAGAAGAUGAAUUUGCUCCUAUUGUUAUGAUGGCUACAAACAGAGGUAUCUCUAAAACUAGAGGUACUAAUUAUAAAUCUCCACAUGGUUUGCCAUUAGAUUUAUUAGAUAGAUCUAUUAUUAUUACUACUUCAAGUUAUAAUGAACAAGAAAUUAAGACUAUUUUAUCCAUAAGGGCACAAGAGGAAGAAGUUGAAUUAUCAUCAGAUGCUCUAGAUUUAUUAACUAAGACAGGUACUGAAACUAGUUUACGUUACAGUGCAAAUUUAAUAUCUGUAUCGCAACAAAUUGCAUUAAAGAGAAAGAGUAAUAUUGUUGAUAUUGCAGAUGUAAAACGUGCAUAUUUAUUAUUCUUAGAUAGUGCUAGAUCUGUGAAAUAUGUUCAAAAAAAUAUGGAUCAAUAUAUCGAUGAUGAAGGUAAAGUAGAAAUUACUUCAAAGCCUGUCGAUGAUAGUGCCAUGGACACCACUGAAUGA